UUCUGUCUGGCCCGUCUCAUACCAUCCAGAAGCUGGAGAAACACAAGUAUUGAUAGAUUGGUGCUUUGAGGAUCCUUGCGACCCCUCGCUAUGUGUCUAAGCGCCCUGUUCGCAGGAUCUGGCAAGAAGCGCAAGAGUGCUGGAUCAAGUUCAAACGAAAAGAGACGGAGUGAACCGCGCGAUCAGCGACGCUAUGAAAAGAUACCGGUCGUCGCAGAAGUGGCAGAGCGCAAAUGGGCAGAGCGACCCGACAUGAAGCGAUCCAAAGACAUACACAGCAGACUAGAUCACCAUACGCGCCCACAAUACUCAUACACCCAGAACAGCGGGGCUAGCCGUAGACCUACUUUAGCCGUCAAUGUACCACCAAUGUGGCACCGACGCGCCGGCUCUACCAGCAGCAACUCCUCGGAGGAAAUGCUUCUGAAUCCGCGCCCCGAUAGACCUGCGGCAAAUGACAGGAGGCAUCGCCACGCCAAACACACUUCGCAGUCAACUCUCAGAGGUCGAGGCGCGAAACGCCAGCGCACUACAGAUUCUCGUGAUGAUCACAUCUCCUCCCACUCUUCGCCGAAGACCCCUAAAAAGAAGGCUCCGUCCCGCACAGUGGAAAACUCAUCGCGCAGCAACCGCUCCUCGCGCCAACAUCAAUACCACGCCCACCCCUCUGAACCACAGCCCUCCCCGUCUCGCUCCAGACGCCACCAUUCCCAGGUCUCACACCAUCACUCUGCCCGCGCAAACACAGCCGCGCGCCGCGACCCGUCCGACGACCGCCGCUUUGCAGUGCUAGCCGCUACAAACACGGCUCUGGAACACCUCCGACGUGAGGCCUUUGCGCAGCCCUCCCCUCCACCUCCACCACGUUUAAGGAGGUAUCAAGGUGUGCAGAUCCCUGCGUCAAGUGUUCCGUUUGCGUGGGACUGCAUCAGCUCGCAGACGCACAGUUCGGCGAGGCACGACGAGGGGAGUAGUCGCCAGAGACGGAGGAGGUGACGUGAGGCUGGAGCCGAUGUUCAGAGUUGAUACGCGCGACGCAUUCUGGUUGAAGGAGCUCAUAUGGACGUCGAUUUCACGGUGCGCAUUUUAUGGCGUUUGGUCUGCACAACAGACAUUUUGUAGCAAGCA